AUGUUCCAGUGUCGGGCUCGAUUGAGCUCAUUCUUACGGUUGGUGUCAUUGAGUCAUACCCGUCCGGCUACUCGGGAUUGCUAUCUGCGUCCGGGAGACAUCUUCGGUUGUACUGUACGUCGUUCGAAUAUGGGAGACCAGCAGGCGUUAUCUGGUAGCGGGGUGAAUUUGGGGAAUAGUAAGGUCGAGGGACUGCUGCAUCAUCAGCAUCAGCAGUCCAGGCGGCCUAAGAAACUUAUUUUCGCCCCUGGUGAUAUUCCAGACGGCUCGAACCCCAAGAUCUCAAGUACAGAGACACCUGAUCCGGCGUCUACGCAGUCCAGCACUGCAGCGUCCCGAGGCAAUGACGCAGCCGCCGAAUUGGGAGUGUCGACGCCCACAUCAGACAUGGAAGAUGAAAUGCUUUCGCACCCAGCUCGAGCGCACCAAUUCGUAACUAACCCCCCACUUACGAUUUCGCAGAUGCACCCGUCGAACCCGCUGCACCAGUUCCACGCGUGGUUCCGCGACCCACGACUCACCCCGUCCCUGGCACCGGAAACAUGCACGUUGGCGACCGCCUCGCUACCAUCGGGCCGAGUCAGUGCCCGUAUCGUGUAUCUGAAGGAACUAGACGAAAAGGGCUGGGUGAUAUACAGCAACUGGGGCAGUCGGGAAGGCAAGGGCGGACAGGUAUUCGGCGAGAGCGCAGACGGGGGCGACAGUCUCGGUGCGAUGCCGCUCCCCGGCGAAACAUCAGGAGGGAAUAGAUGGGGGGCACUCUCUUUCUCCUGGUCGACUGUGGAGCGGCAAGUGAGGAUAGAAGGCUUACUGGAACCACUCAGUCGCGAAGAGAGCGAGAUAUACUGGCGGACUAGGGAACGGGGGAGCCAGAUAGGCGGAUGGGCCAGUUGGCAGAGUAAGGUGUUGUGGUCCGCGGAGCCGGAGGCGUUGAAUACGCUUCAGAAGCAACGACUGAAGAAUCCGCAUGAUCCCACCGCCCCCAUGGGAACGACCGACAAUAGUAGCACGAAGACCUGCCCGGAUGUUCCCGCGGACAUCGAUGAAACCGAUGUCGAGGACGGCCGAUCCCUACUCGAGCAACGGGUCAAAGAGAUGGAGCAGCGGUUCGCGGGAGUGGAGAAGAUUCCCCUUCCCCCAUUCUGGGGGGGAGUGCGUCUGGUUCCUGAGUCGGUGGAAUUCUGGCAGGGGCGGCGCAGCCGUCUGCAUGAUCGGUUCAGAUAUGUCCGUGUGGGCGAGCCGGGGGGUAAAGAUGGAAGUAAUAUGUUUCAGUGGAGGAUUGAGAGGUUGUCGCCGUAG